UCAGUACAGUGUAAUCAGAUUGGAAGGCGUCGCAGGUCGUGUGGUUUGCGUUCUGCUCGUUUCUCUCGUCGCUCCACACUGGGGGAUACGAGUCCUUCCGUCUGUUGUUCCAGUUUGUUAUCAGGCUUUUGUUUCGUCCAUGCAGUGGUGAUUAAAUGGACCUUCAGACAUCCUGAGACAAGACACCGGAGGAGGCUGUUGUAGUGCAGUAUGACAAUGGGUUUUGGGGAGGAACUCUGGUGCCAUCAGGGCCAUGCUGCUCUGCUGCGGCUGCAGGACUCUGAGCUGCGGCUUAUGGAGAUGAUGAAGAAGUGGAUGACCCAGAGAGCCAAGAGCGACCGCGAGUUCUCUGCUCAGCUGCAUCAAAUGGCUGCCUUGGUAGAGAAACUGGAGGGCCCUCAGCCUGGAGGAGGCUUGGAUUAUAUCAGCCAGCUCCAUAAGUCGUGGAACGUGAUGGUGAGCGAGACGGAAAACCUAAGCCGGAUCCUCCGCAAGCACUCUGAAGACCUGAUGCUGGGUCCGCUUAGCAAACUCACACUUCUAAUCAGAGACAAACAGCAACUGAAGAAGACGUACAGUGAGCAGUGGAGCCACCUCAACCAGGAGCUUUGCAGGGUCACCCAAACUGAGUUGGACCGCCUGAAGUCUAAUUACAAGCAGUUGGUGCGAGACGCAUCCCAGGCCAAGAAGAAAUAUCAGGAGGCGAGUAAAGACAAAGACCGUGAGAAAGCCAAGGAGCGCUACAUCAAAGCCACGCUGAAGCUUCAUGAGCACCACAAUGAGUACGUGCUGGCAGUGAAGGCGGCUCAGGUGCAUCAUCAGCAGCACUUUGGCCGCAGCCAGCCAGCACUGCUCACCACUUUGCAGACGCUGCAGGAGGAGAUGGUGCUCAUUCUGAAGGAGAUUCUACAGGAGUAUUUUGACCUGACCAGUCUACUUCAGGAUGAGGUGGUGUGUGUUCAUAAAGAGAUGACCAAUAGCAUCAAAGCCAUUGAGCCGCAUAGAGAGUAUGAAAGCUUCAUUCAACAGAACAGAACGAGAGUGGAAGUACCAGCGUGUGUGGAGUUUGAUAGCACUCUGCUGGAGGAUGAUGACCGUUUGAAGCCUGAAGAGCUGGAAUUAAAUGAACUCACUUUGGAAGGAAUACAGCACCGGCUCACGGCUAUUGAGGAGGAGCUUCUCAACAUAGCAGCGAUGCUGGGAACACAACAGGCCACUGUUAACCAGCUGGAGAUGGACCUGGAGGCUGACGAGAGCUUGGAUAAAGCUGGCCAGAGAGUGUACCAGUUCAGCAAGCGCAACGCUCUCGAGGACAGCAGACAACAGGUGGUGACAUCGAUGGUGGCACGUGCCCGGCUCGAGGCCCAGCGCAGGUUGCUUGCUGAUAAACUCCAAAGCCUCGGGAGCAAAGAUGCACCAACGUUGGGCCUGGAUGAUGAUCAGAUUUCUCUCAACUCCAGCACCUCUGAGCGUGACAAAGACUCCAAGGUCCCCAGCAUGGACAGCAUCAUCAACCACCUGAGCAGCCUGUUCAAACCCAAAUAUACCAAUAGUGUUUUUUACGAUGCCUCCCAGGUCCCACCUGUUUUGCCUCCCGUGCCCGAGAUUGAGAAGCCUCUGUGUCAGCAGUGUUGGUACCAUGGUGCCAUCCCGCGUUUGGAAGUCCAAGAGCUGCUGAAGAAUGAUGGGGACUUUCUGGUCAGGCAGAGCCAGGGCAAACAGGAGUAUGUUCUGUCUGUGCACUGGGGUGGGCAAUGUCGUCACUUCCUCAUUCAAAACACAGAGGGUAUAUAUCGUCUAGACGGUGAAGGUUUCAACUCUAUUCCACUGCUCAUGAACCACCUUCUCAACUCCAACAAAAAUGUCACUAGGAGGACAGACAUAGUGUUGAAAAGACCCAUCCCAAAGGACAAGUGGUGCUUAGAUCAUGAUGAUGUUAUCCUUGGCCAAAGCAUAGGCCGGGGGAACUUUGGUGAGGUGUUCAGUGGCCGUCUGCGCUCAGACAACACACCAGUGGCGGUAAAAGCCUGCCGUGAAAACCUUGCCAUCGAACUCAAAAAUAAAUUUCUCAUGGAAGCUCGAAUUCUAAAACAGUACGACCAUCCGAACAUCGUGAAGCUCAUCGGCGUCUGCACGCAGAAACAGCCUAUCUAUAUAAUCAUGGAGCUGGUGCAAGGAGGAGACUUCCUGUCCUUUCUCCGUUCAGAAGGACAUAGCCUGAGGCCAAAGAUGCUGAUUAAGAUGGCAGAAAAUGUGGCGUCUGGCAUGGAGUAUCUGGAGAGCAAGAAGUGCAUCCAUCGGGACCUGGCAGCGAGGAACUGCCUGGUUGGAGAAAAGAGUGUGGUGAAGAUCAGUGAUUUUGGCAUGUCACGCGUGGAACAGGAAGGCGUGUAUUCAGCAACUGGAGGCAUGAAACAGAUCCCAGUAAAAUGGACCGCACCAGAAGCCCUCAAUUAUGGGCGCUACACUCAUGAGAGUGAUGUGUGGAGUUUUGGGGUGCUGCUAUGGGAGACCUUCUCUAGAGGUGUGACUCCAUACACAAGCAUGAGCAAUCAGCAGACCAGGGACGAAGUAGAAAGAGGGUAUCGUAUGCCAGCUCCCAAUGGCUGUCCAGAUGAGAUCUAUGCCCUAAUGCAUCGCUGCUGGCAGCAUGACCCAAGAAUGCGUCCUACCUUUCGAAAAAUCAGGGCAGAGCUACACACUCUCUGCAUUUGACACAAACACACACUUAAAUCUGUUUACGCUGUGCUUUUUGACAUGCAUGCAAAUUUUUGUCUAAUCUCUAAAUGAACAGAACUUUUAAUGUACACCGCCUUUGUAAUGUAUAUUUUGUUUCUGGAGUUUUUGUAAUGAACUUUUGUAAUGUAUUUAAAUCGAAAACUUGCCAUAACUUAUGAUUACAAUGUAUUCAUAUGACAUUGUUUGUCUCUUAAUAAAGUCAUUGUUGUGAAAUAAAGAUGAAAUCUGCAAAGAUGAAAUCAGACAUCACAUGCGUCUUAUCUAACAGCCUUUGUUAUAUAAGCUGCUUAUAUUAUCAGCAAAUUCCUGCUGUAGCUGUGGUAAUUUAGCAGGUGAUGUAUACAUCAUCAGGACUGACAAAUGAUCACAGCCCUCUGUCACAAGAUCUAAAGAUUUUGCUCUUUUUU